GAUUGGCCAGCGGCGAACACGUGACUUCACAGCUGAUUUCCGCGGAUGGAGUGUUUUCGCAAGAUCAAAUGCUCGUCUUCACCUCGGCGAGGCAUGAAUGCGCCUUUCACCACGGCUCCCUGACACACAGCUGACCUACAGUCGUUAUGGCCCACGCUGCACAGAUGAACGUCCUGGCCAUCAACACUCCUCUCCGAGUGGAGCACGACAAGAAAAGACGACAAUUCAGCAUCCGACUGAACGGUUCCCAUGACAGGGCUGUUCUGCUGUACGAGUAUGUGGGGAAGAAGACUGUGGAUCUGCAGCACACCGAGGUUCCUGAAGCUUACCGGGGACGAGAGAUCGCCAAACACCUUGCCAAGGCUGCAAUGGACUUUGUGGUGGAGGAGGACCUGAAAGCCCAUUUGACCUGCUGGUACAUCCAGAAAUAUGUCAAAGAAAACCCUCUCCCCCAUUACCUGGAGCACGUCCUCCACUGAGAGCCAGAGAUGGGGACAAUCUCCAUUCUAAUAGGCUGAUUUGGGAUCGGGUGGGAUGGAUAUCUUUUGGGAUUCCCUAAUCUAUCUGACUGGUCUUGAAACUUCACAAAAGAAAGUGAUUUGUUUUUUUGUUUGCAAGUGAGAGCGAUUUAAGAAGGGGUGAGAUCUGAAGAUAUUAAACGUUUUCUGAGGACUGACAAGAGUGUGGACUAGCUUCCCAGUGACUCGAGCAGACUUUCAAGCCAACCCAGAGAAGUGAGAGGAUUGUGACACCCGUCAUGAACUCAAAAUAUCAACGCUUUGAUAUGAUCAGAAGAGUGACGUUAGACUCCAUAUGCCUCUCUGGCCUUACUCCUUCAGAUUUAGUGGUGCUCACAAGAUAAAUACAGGCACGUACUUCUGUUCCCAAAUGUGUAGAGCGUGCACACUCAUCCUGGUGUGAAGUUUUAGGGACAUCACAAUCUAACUGUCCUGCCAGAAACUACUAUUUCUUCUGUUCAUCUUCUAGGAUGAUCUUGUGCUUUUGCAUGUGUGUAUCUUUGUAUUCUAUGGCCAGUGAAGAGCUCAGACUCUGGAGACAAUCGCCUGCCCAUAUACUCACAGGGCUGAACCUCUCAGGAUGCACACUUUAUAAAAACAAUAAAGCACCUCUACAUAGGGGAUUCUGUUACAUGUGGUUGGAUGUAACGUGUGUGUGUGUGUUGAAUAACCGUAUAUGAGCGUAUGAAUGUCAGGGUAUAGUGUGUUAGUUACUCCCAAAAUUCCCAGGGGUCUUAUAAUAAGUCAGUUGAUGAACUGCCUUCAGUAAGAUCGGUUGUUUGCAGGGUAGACAGCGCAGAGAGCGGACCAUCAUGCCUUGUUCUGUGCUGACACCAUUGAUGACCAUGAUAUUCCUUUUUUUUUUUAAUUAAGCAACUGGGCUCUGUUAUGACCAAUUGUGAUGUAAUAAAGCCUAAAGGUGCCAGGAAUUAAUCUGUUUUUACACACUUAUGUAAUCUUAACAUUACUAUCCAUGGUUUUGAAUAAAACAUUUUUAAGAUCAAACUUGA